AGUAAGUCACCCUUUUUUAAUCAAAACUACAACAGUGAAGGAAACUACGAAUAAUCUAUCAUUCACCAUCACUUUCUCCCACCAUAUAUAUGUACACCCUUCCAAUCUUCCUACACUCCCACAUCGAUAAAUAAAAAAUGAGCUUUCUUCAGGCCUUGUCAGUUUUCCUUUUGUUUUUGUCGUAUGUAGUCGUAGGAUCAGCUGAGCAGUGUGGAAGGCAAGCAGGUGGUGCUCUUUGCCCCGGUGGUCUAUGUUGUAGCCAAUUUGGCUGGUGUGGCAGUACUGCUGACUACUGCACAGUUCCUGGUUGCCAAAGUCAGUGCAGCGGUAGUGGCCCUGCCCCUGGGCCUGGUGGGCUAACCAAUCUUAUAUCAAGAGAGACGUUUAAUCGGAUGCUUUUGCAUAGGAACGAUGGGGCUUGUCCUGCCCGUGGCUUCUAUACAUAUGAUGCUUUCAUUGCUGCUGCCCGUUCCUUUCCUGCAUUUGCUACAACUGGUGACCAAGCUACUCGCAAGAGGGAAAUAGCUGCCUUCUUAGCCCAAACUUCCCAUGAAACUACUGGUGGGGCAGGGUGGGCUGCACCGGAUGGUCAUUAUGCAUGGGGAUACUGUUACAAUAGGGAAUUGAACCCUUCCCCUUACUGCGCUUGGAAUCCGAACUACCCUUGUGCUCCUGGUAAACAAUAUUUUGGCCGGGGUCCCAUGCAACUUACUUGGAACUACAACUACGGGCAAUGUGGAAGGUCCAUAGGGGUGGACUUGUUAAACAACCCAGACCUGCUAUCAAGUGAUCCCAUAAUUUCCUUCAAGUCUGCGUUUUGGUUUUGGAUGACUCCGCAAUCACCGAAGCCAUCUUGCCACGAUGUGGUCGUCGGAGCAUGGUCACCCUCUGGUAGUGAUCAGGCAGCGGGACGGGUUCCAGGGUAUGGUGUGAUCACAAAUAUUAUCAACGGAGGCCUUGAAUGCGGUAAGGGUUGGGAUGCAAAGGUAGAAGACCGCAUUGGGUUCUAUAAGAGGUAUUGUGACAUGCUAGGAGUUGGCUAUGGUAACAAUCUUGACUGCUACAACCAAAGGCCUUUCGGGAAUGGAGUCUUAGUGGACUCAAUGUAGCUUUUUGUCUCUAAUGAAAUCAGUAAACGUGCAAAUAAAGAUGUUUGACCUUCUUCUGUAUGCAUCACAACAGUGAACUGAUCCAGCUUUGUUGGGUUUGCUAUGACACUGUUCCUUUAUUUUGUCUUUGAUGAUUUGUGAGAGAAUAAUAAAAUGGGUGCUUUCUUUUC